UUAAAAGACAGAAGAAGGAUGUCAGAGGGGCGGAGGAGCGAGGAAGGCUUCUCCACCUUCAACGUGAGCUCCGUCAACGCCACGGACUGCGACCCUCUCCACUCCGCCAACCGGACCGAGCCGGGCGCGGACGGCGCGGCGGCGGUGCGCGUCGUCGUCUCGGUGGUGUACUCGCUGGUGUGCGCGCUGGGUCUGGUGGGCAACGUGCUGGUGCUCUACCUGAUGAAGAGCAAACACGCCUGGAAAAAGUCCUCCAUCAACCUCUUCGUCACCAGCCUGGCCGUGACGGACUUCCAGUUCGUGCUGACGCUGCCCUUCUGGGCGGUGGAGAACGCGCUGGACUUCACCUGGCCGUUCGGGCGCGCCAUGUGCAAGGCGGUGUCGUUCGUGACGGCCAUGAACAUGUACGCCAGCGUCUUCUUCCUCACUGCCAUGAGCGUGGCGCGCUACAGCUCGCUGGCGUCCGCGCUGAAGGGCCGGCGGCGGCGGAGGCUGCGGUGCUCAGCGCGCUGCGUGGCCGCCUCCAUUUGGGUGGCGGCCGCCUGCGCCGCGCUGCCCCACGCCGUCUUCUCCACCACCGUCACCGUCUCCGGCGAGGAGGACCUGUGCCUGGUGAGGUUCCCCGGCAGCGACGGCAGCGCGCAGCUGUGGUUGGGGCUCUACCACGCCCAGAAGGUGCUGCUGGGCUUCCUGGCCCCGCUGGCCAUCAUCUCGGCCUGCUACCUGCUGCUGCUGCGCUUCAUCACCUCCAAGAACACCAACACGUCCAGCGCCAAGCGACGCGCCAAAGUCACCAAGUCGGUCACCAUCGUGGUGCUCUCCUUCUUCCUCUGCUGGCUGCCCAACCAGGCCCUCACCGCCUGGGGGAUCCUCAUCAAACUCAACGUGGUGCACUUCACCUACGAGUACUACACCACGCAGGUCUACGUCUUUCCCGUGUCGGUGUGCCUGGCGCACUCCAACAGCUGCCUCAACCCGGUGCUCUACUGCCUGAUGAGGCGGGAGUUCCGCAAGGCGCUCAGGAAGCUGUUCUGGAGGAUGACCUCGCCCGCCGUGACCACCAUCAGACCGUUCACCGGCAGCACCAAGCCCGGGGCCGAGGAGCGGGGACAAGGCUUGGUGCCUCUGGAUUGCCCCAGGGAGCCAGCGGUGGUCUUCUACCCUCCUGGGGCGGCCAUGUAGAUCCACGGUGACUUACAUCAGGGCUGUCAAACUCAUUUUAGCUCAGGGGCCGUAUGUAGGAAAAUGUACUCCCGAGGGGGCCAUAAUGGUCAAAUCAUGGCACGAAAACUUAAAGACCUACCGAGAUGAGAUUUUCUUAUUUAAACGGCCAUUCUAUGUGUCAUACUUGAUCAUUUUGCGAUAUUGCCAUAUAUUUGCUGAACGGAUUUAGUAGAGAACAUCGACGAUAAAGUUCGCAACUUUUGGUCGCUAAUAGCCUUGCCUCUACCGGAAGUAUGUGCGCGUGACGUCACGAGUUGCAGGGCUACACACAUAUUCACAUUGUUUAUAAUGGGAGCCACCAAGCAAUAAGAGCAAUUCGGACCGAGAAAGCGAGAAUUUCCCCAUUAAUUUGAGCGAGUAUGAAAGAUUUGUGAAUUAGGAUAUUGAUA